AUGACGAAGGGUACGACGUCUAUGGGUAAGCGCCAACACACAAAGACGCACACGAUCUGUCGUCGUUGCAACCGUCGUGCAUUCCACCGUCAGCACAAGACCUGUGCCAGCUGUGGCUAUCCAUCAGCCAAGACGCGUAACUACCAGUGGGGCAAGAAGGCUAUCCGUCGGAAGACCACUGGCUCGGGCCGUAUGCGUUACCUGAAGACUCUGCCACGUCGCGCAAAGAACGGAUUCCGCACGGGUACGGCUACGCCUGCCUCUGCUUAA